AUGAAAACGAACGGUCGAGAAUCGUUUGAGGUUUACGAACGUGUAACUGGCCUAUACAAUGACCUGUGGUGGCUAGCCGAUGUGUCAAGUCAGUGCUUUUAUCCUCCCACACAAGUCUGGUACCAAUUUAUCGACCCCGGAGGGAUGAAAGGCUUAGUGAGCACUAAGGCGGAUUCGAAUUCAAUUCGAAUUCGAUCGAUCGUGCAGGGAGCGAAACCUCUAUCUGGUACACCACACCCGCCCUCACAAUUUAGUGUAUAA